AUGUUUCUCAACCGCCACGUGCUCUGGCUAGCGCUCUGCCGCCUGUUCUGGCUGUGGUGGCUGCUGCUGCUGCUGCUGCUGCUGCUGAGCGGCUCCUGUGUGCCUCUGGCAGAUACUCACUCGCUGUGCUACAACUUCACCAUCAUGUUUAAGACCCCACCUGGACAGCCAUGGUGUGAGGUUCAAGGCCAGGUGGAUGGAAGGACUUUCCUUCAUUAUGAUUGUGGAAACAACAAAGUCAUAGCCGUGGGUCCCCUGGGGAUGCAGAUUAAUGCCACAAAGGAAUGGGAGAAACAGAGCGACACUCUGAGAGACAUCGGGGAUGAACUAAGACAGCUACUGGCUGACAUGAAACUGGAGACGUACACAACAGAGGCUACUCUCUCCCUGCAGGCCAGCAUGAGUUGUCAGCGGGAAGCAGGCAGGCGCACCGGAGCAUCCUGGCUGUUCAGUUUUGACAGACAGGUGCUUCUCCUCUUUGACCCCGAAAACAAGAAGUGGACAGAGGUUCACCGGGCAGCCAGACUGGUGAAAGGAGAGUUGGAGAACAACACACUUUUGACCAAGCUCCUCAUGAGCACUUCACAGGGAGACUGCAAUAGAUGGCUCCAGGAGUUUUGGAGACACUGGGAAAAAAUGCCGACAGAGCCAGCACCCAAGGUGGAAACCACAGAAAAAUCCAAGAACACAGCCAGCAUACCAAAGCCCUGGACCCUCAUCAUGACCUUUGCCUUCACCUGUUCAACCCUACUUAUUGUCUACAGCGGAGUCCUUUAGAAUGACAGGUGCCCUCCAGUCGGUUCUGACCCCUAGCGACCCUGUGCAUGACCAGGUGGAUGGACACAGUGACUGCAGCAGUGGUCUACCCCUUCCUCUGUUCUUCCUCGUCCCCUCACCGCUAGGCUUUUUAAAUAUGUGUUUUUAUGAAUAUUUCAUAACUAAAGGAACACUUAUGUGUGGAAAAAAAAUCUAUUCUUACAAAUAUAUAUUAUCCUGGUUUGUUAAAAUAAAUACAUACUCUAGAUGUUUAACCAAAAGUAGCCAUAAGAGAAAAACAGAACAAAGUGUGAA